AUGGUGAUGAUAUCCGAUUGCGGGUUUGACAAAUAUCCGGAAGAAAUAAGAGAGGUGCUCUGCGAAAUAUUCCUGAUUGAUACCGUUAUCGAGGGUUGUCAGUCUCAAGAACUGCGGCGUAGAAUAUUGCAACAGGAUAGAUCGUUGGCGGAGAUUGAAUCGUUGGGCGUGACCCUGGAAGGUAUCGAUCAUCAGGUGAGGGGAUUUAACAGGAAAAGCGAACAAACGGAUUUUGGCCAGCAGGUUUUGAGAAUCGGGAACGAACCUACUCCACUUCAGAAGAAAUUUCGCUCUAAUCCAACGGGCUUCAGGGCCAAGUUCACCGGUAAAGACGGUUAUGCCUGCUACAACUGUGGUCGCCGCGAUCAUAUUUCCACUUCCGAAACCUGUCCCGCUAAAGGCAAAGUAUGCCAUGCCUGUAAACGAGUUGGUCACUUUGAAUCGAACUGUCGAUCACGCAAGAGGAAACUGCCUUCGCUGACGAAAACUGUGCGAGCUGUUGAGCGAUCUGGACAUGAGCCAGAAGUACGGGAACCGGAAUCCUCUAAAACCUACUAUACGUUCCAUUCCGGCAAUGAAACCAACGUUGUACCAUGCGAGGUCGGAGGGAUACAGUUAGAUCUUCUUGUGGAUUCUGGCUCAGAUGUUAACCUUGUACCUGACAAUGUAUGGGAAAAUCUCAAGCAGGCUCGUAUUGUGGUACAACACUGUGUGAAAGGUAGCAGCAAGGUUCUCAAAGGAUACGCAAACGAUACUCCUUUGCCCAUACUUGGAACCUUUGUGGCUGAUGUAAAGGUUGGUCAUAAAACCGUCCGGGCUGAGUUUUUUGUCAUCAGAGGUGGACAAAGAAGUAUUUUGGGGGACAAAACGGCCAAGCAGUUGGGAAUUCUUCAAGUGGGCUUGCAAAUCAAUAGCAUUGCUCCUCAAGCCGAACCGUUUCCAAAGAUCAAAGACGUACAGGUACACAUCCACACAGAUCCUGAGGUCAAGCCUGUGUUUCAGCCGGUACGCCGUAUCCCGAUUCCUCUCGAGGCUGCAGUCGAUAAGAAAUUGAAUCAACUCUUAGCAACGGAUAUUAUUGAAGUCAAGCACGGUCCUGCCACGUGGGUUUCCCCUCUGGUAGUUGUAGGGAAGAGUAAUGGUGAGCCGAGAAUUUGCCUGGAUCUGCGACGAGUCAACAAGGCUGUAUUGCGGGAACGUCAUCCGAUGCCUGUGGUUGAUGAGUACCUGGCCCACUUGGGUAAAGGAAGAAUCUGGAGCAAGUUGGACAUCAAAGACGCCUUUCUUCAGGUUGAAUUGGCGCCCGAGUCAAGGGAUGUGACCACAUUUAUAACAAACAAGGGACUUUUUCGGUUCAAAAGGCUUCCUUUUGGACUGGUUUGUGCCCCAGAGCUGUUCCAAAAGGUCAUGGACCAGAUAUUGGCGGGGUGCGCUGGGACGUGUUGGUAUUUAGAUGACGUGAUGGUCGAGGGAAAGGAUCUACAAGAACAUGACGAAAGGCUUAACGAAGUGCUGAGACGUUUCAGGGACCGAUAG